AUGUCGCUCGAUACCGGCGCGUUUUUCAGCCGCCAACAAAGCGGCGAUGUCGCUGCCCUUGCCGCCGCGGUCGCUGCUUCUUCUUCCAUGCGUCAUUCUGAUUACGUCUUUGACGCCACGUCAGAAGACGACGAAGAGGAGAUGAUCUCGCCGCUUCAGGCUGCCAACCGUGUCGCGUCGCGACGCGCGUCCGUCUCUGACGCUUCAUCCGCCAGGUCCGCCGCCGCGUCGCUUUCCGAAGCGCGCCAACUUUGGCAAGACGAGACGAACAUGCGCUGUCACUCCCAGCCGAAGCGGGUAAAUUCACUCAAUGAUCUUUAUAACUAUGGAGGUUACAAUAAUGGCGGUUACGAUAAUGGCGGCGGCUACGACAGCGAGUUCAACGGUUACAACGCCGCUGUAGGGCAGCAGAGUCCGGCGUUUUCCCAACUUGAGCGCCAGCCGUCGUGCGGCCGCUCCUGCGGAGGCUGCGGCGCGGGCGGAAGCAUGCGCUCGUCGCGCUCCCCCUCGCCGGCUCCGUCAGUCCGAUCCGCUUCCGCCGCCGCCUUCCCUGACUUCGAGGGCGGCGAUAUCGCUAGGGGCUUCUCCGCCCUGGAUUCCGCCGAUUGCGCAACCGGCGGAAGGAGCGGGCGGCGCGCGCUUCACCGCAGCGCUGGCAGCGCGCAAGAUGGAUCUACGCGGCCCGCUUUUCCAGAUUAUGACGCUUCCGCGGCCGCGGCUGCAUGUGGGCUCGUUCCGUCACCGUCGCUGCCACCGCCGGGGUUGGCGCAGUGGCAGCAGCAGCAGUCGUUCUCGAGAUCUGCCUCUUACAGCCGCAACGAUUCCCGCGAAUACGAUUCCCAGCGCGACCCACGGCCUGCGCCGCGCGCGCGGUUCCCCUCCGCGCCGUCGACACCCGUCCGUCGAACGAGCCUGGACCACCGCGCGAUGAGGGCGAAUCUUCCGCACCCCGCGGACGCGUCCGCCUUUGUGGCGUCGCUCCGCGGCGGGAGUCCCGCGGACGCUCGAAGCGUGUUCACCGCGAUCGAUUCGGACAGCGAGAGCCAAUGCGACGACGGGGAGAUUGCUGACGAGGAGGGGAGUGUGAAGUCGGGUUACUCGUUGCCUUCGCCACAUGACGCAGGGGCGGCGGAGGAGAGGCGUAGGGAGCGGGAGAAGCGGGAAUGGAUGCUCCUCCCUCUAGACACCGAAGACUCUUCCGUGCUCGACGUACUUUUCACUAAUUCUGUUAUCAUCUCCCUUGCACUCAUCUCGUCUCUUUUCACCCUCCGCUCGUCACCCGCACAGCUCCUCCCUCUAGACACCAAAGAGUCAUCGGUGCUCGACGUGUUGGUGGUCGGCUGUGGGCCGGCGGGGCUCUCUAUCGCGGCAGAGUGCGCCAAACGCGGACUAACGGUGGGGCUGGUUGGCCGAGAUGCACCCUUCGUCAACAACUAUGGCGUCUGGCUCGACGAAUUCAAAGCCAUUGGGUUGGACCACUGCAUUGACCAAGUGUGGACCGACACUAUUCUAUACACAGACUCCGAUGUUCCCAUCACCACGGGGAGGGCGUAUGGCCGAGUAGAGCGCUCAAGACUCCACAACGAGCUCGUUCUGAGAUGCCAGCAGGCGGGAGUGCGGUAUGUGGAGAAGGAGGUGGAGAGCAUGGAUGACGAUGCACGGAGCAGCUCAGUGGCGUGCACUGAUGGGUCACGCAUCAACAGCAGGCUCGUUGUGGUGGCGGCUGGAGCAGCUUCUGGGAAGUUUCUCAAGUACGACAAUGACACGAGAGGCGUGGGCGUGCAAACAGCAUACGGCAUCGAAGUGGAGCUGGACUCAGCCUACCCGUACAACCCAGCCAGCAUGCUGUUCAUGGACUACCGGGACCUCCAACGCUCCAGGGAGGAGCUGGCAGCCGAAGGGGAGCUCUUUCAGCGCCCCAGCUUCCUCUACGCCAUGCCUUCCACCCCCACACGGGUCUUCUUCCAAGAGACGUGCCUGGCAUCCCGCCCUGCAAUGCCGUUCGACAUGCUCAAGACGCGCCUGCGCAGCCGGCUGGCGCAGCUGGGGGUCAAAUACACCGUCACGCACGAGGAGGAGUGGUCCUACAUCCCUGUGGGCGGCUCUCUCCCUCUUACCACGCAGCAGCACCUGGGCUUUGGUGCUGCUGCGUCCAUGAUUCAUCCUGCCACAGGCUACUCUAUCACUCGCUCUCUCACCGAAGCUCCCCACUACGCCACUGCCCUCGCUGCUGCUCUGCGCUCUCCCAGCCGAACUUCUCUAGAAGCUGCAACUCAAGCCUGGGACCACCUGUGGUCAGCGGAGCGCAAGAGGCAGCAAUCAUUCAUGAUAUUCGGCCUUGAGCUCAUUCUACAGCUCGAUGCACCAGCCACCCGAGACUUCUUCAACGCCUUCUUCAAGCUGCCCCCCAGGUUAUGGCGGGGCUUCCUGGCGUCCAACCUCUCCUCCCUCGACCUCCUCCUCUUCGCCUUCUCCACCUUCCUGGUCGCCUCCAACCCUCUCCGCUUCCGCCUCAUCCACCAUCUCAUCACCGACCCCAGCGGGGCAAACCUCCUUUGCACUUAUGCUGGAAUCACGAACCUCUUUUUUCCACCCCUGUUCACCCCAUUCCACCCAUCUCCACCCCUCUCCACCCCUCUCCACCCCUCUCCACCCCGCAGGCUAUGGCGGGGCUUCCUGGCGUCCAACCUCUCCUCCCUCGACCUCCCCCUCUUCGCCUUCUCCACCUUCCUAGUCGCCUCCAACCCUCUCCGCUUCCGCCUCAUCCACCACCUUAUUACCGACCCCAGCGGGGCAAAUCUCAUCCGCACUUACGCUGGAAUCAAGAACCCACCAGCCGAGAAACAAGAGUAG